GCGGCCGGAGGGCCAGAGCCUCGCGCCCCACCCGCCGGGUUAACAGGCGCGAGUUCCGCGCGGCGCGGCGGCCUCUCGGAGGCGGAGGGAUCGGUCCCGCUGUCGGAUCCACGACGCACCCCGGAGAGCAGGCUCAUGGACACCUUCAGCACCAAGAGCCUGGCCCUGCAGGCCCAGAAGAAGCUCCUGAGCAAGGUGGCGUCCAAGGCGACGGUGAGCGCGCUCCUGGACGACACGAGCAGCGAGGUGCUGGACGAGCUGUACCGCGCCACCAGGGAGUUCACCCGCAGCCGCAAGGAGGCCCAGAAGGUGCUCAAGAACCUGGUGAAGGUGGCCGUGAAGCUGGGCCUGCUGCUCCGCGGCGGCCAGCUGGCCGGGGAGGAGCUGGCGCUGCUGCAGCGCUUCCGCCAGGGGGCGCGCCGGCUGGCCAUGACGGCCGUCAGCUUCCACCAGGUGGACUUCACCUUCGACCGGCGCGUGCUGGCCGCCGCCCUGCUCGAGUGCCGGGACCUGCUGCAGCAGGCCGUGGGCCCGCACCUCUCCGCCAAGUCCCACGGCCGCAUCAACCACGUCUUCGGCCACCUGGCCGACGGCGACUUCCUGGCGGUGCUCUACGGGCCGGCCGAGCCCUACUGCUCCCACCGGCGCCGCAUCUGCGAGGGGCUCGCCAGGAUGCUGGACGAGGACAGCAUAUGACCGCCUCCCGCCUUCCGCGGGGCCGGGGGGUGUGGGAUUAUCGUAUUUAAUGGCCUCUUUAUCCCCGGUCUGAUUCUAGCCAAACUCCCCGGACAGUGCCCUGCCCCUCUCAGAGGCUGCUGAACCGUUUAGAGCAGCAGCUUCAUGGACCCGUCACCUCUCCCACCUCCUCUCUCUGGAGAGGACUCGGCGUGGGAACAGCACAGCCUGCGAGGCCGGUGGCUCCUCACACACCUGGUCCCCGUCCUGCGCCGUGAUGCCCGAUGGCAGCCCUCAGCUCACUGGCGCCAUCUGACAGCUGGUGCUGCCCGCUGCAGUGUAACCCGGGCUUUUUAAUCCCUUCAGAGGAGUCACACUGGACUGGAAGGAAGUAACGGGGUGAGCAGGACCCCCCUUUGUGGAAGUUCUAACCCCAGGACUUCCGAGUGUGACCCAAACGUGGAAAACAGGGCCGCUGCUGACAGCAUCGUUUGAGAUGAGAUCACGGUGGGCCCUAACCCGGAGUGACCGGGACACUUCUAAAAGGGAGACAUCUGAGCCAGAGGAGAAUGCCAUGUGAAGCUGGGAUGUGCUACAGAGCAAGGAACACCCAGGAUGGCCAGCACCCCCAGCGCCGGGAGGGAGGCUUGGGGCGGCCCUGAGAAGGAGCCGCCUGGCGGAAGCUGGGCCUCAGACUUUGGCCUCCGUGACUCAGAGGGAACAGUCACCGUCCAGCCGCCCGGCCCAGGCAGCGGGCACAGGGAGCCAUGAAGGGGCUGCCGUGCGCUGGUGUGUGGGUGAGGACACCUCGAUUUGCUUGGGAUCCUCGCCCUGACUCCCACAUGGAGGGAACAGAGUGCGUUCUCCAUGCUGGGCACACGGAAAAAGCCAUCUGAGAGGCAUCGCAUUUUCCAACGAUCAUUUCAUGUUUGAGAAACACACACACUAACAAAUGUUUUUCAGUCCUCUGAAAGCAAAGCUCACAAAUCUUGGCCUUGGGGACACCUUGGGGAGUUCUCACACGUUAGCAGAUAUGUGGGGUGUGGGAGCGCAUUUGCAAAUUUUGUCAGAAGGUGGCAUCGAUUGCAAAACAGGGCUACAGGUCUUGCCAUGCCAGGAAGGUUGUUCUGGGUGCCCAAGGGAGAGGGGGAAUGAUCUGAGGACUCGGUCUAGUUCCUCCCGGGGCAAAGGUUGCAAACAGGAAGCCUGCAGGCCGCGGUGAGGAGGUUUGCUUGCCCCAUCCUGUUUGAGCCACCUGGGACCAGUUGACAACAUUUGAAACCGGGGAAUUGCACGUGCCAAUCUAGAUUUGGAGUCUCUCAAAAACUGCCUGCUGGUGAAGCUGCACAGAGGUUGCCCCUCUCUGCUUAGCCACAGUCUCCACCGCUCCCUUUUGCCUCUCCCUGGCCUGAGGUGCUGGCUGAGAAGAUCAUGCCCCCAGAUUCAGAUCAGCCUUUCUGUGGUUUGGUUUCUGCUUCCUUGAAGAAGCCAAAGCCGUUCCUACCUCCUACGUCACCGCUCAAGGCCAACUCCCCACUUACUGCUCCAGUUAAGAGACAGAUCUUCAUGUUCAAGAGCAAACGUGCAUUUUGAGUGUCCUGAGAAGCCCCAGAUGAAAUUCUUUGCCCUCAGCUCUGCUGAAUUUAUCAAUAUGCAUAAUGCUUGUACUUGUUCCUUGAUGGGCUGUUCUGUCUCUUGACUCUUUAUAAGUUUGGGAUUUAAUUUUGAAAAACCAAAGAGCACUACAGAACAAUUUAAAUAAAAGCACAUGUCAUUAUGUGAAACUGACUUGAAUUGCUUGGUGCUGAGUUU